UAUUUGACUUCGUUAGGAGCGAUUAUCUUUGGUUUAUCAGAGUAUUUCAACCGUAGCUGGAUAAUAUUUUUGGGCCGCUUAUACACUUCAGCGUUUUGUCACCUAGGUCGGCAAUCUAUCUUAAUCGCUAUGUACGAUAGGUGGCAUUCUCGUACGGCCCAAUUUUUUGGAGCAGCCCAUUAGUGUACGAAAAAUCAACAGGCUGAACAGCGAUUCAGCCAGAUUCAGUGCCGCAGUACCGCUACCGUAACUAUCGCUUAUGUACAAUAUUUUCUAAUUGUUUAUAUUAUAAAAGCACGCGAACCUAAGCUCGAAUUUAGCUCCAAAUAUGAACAACAAUUCCACCGACACGGUGGUGUGAACAGCUGACAAAUCGGGCUAUUCAGUGCCCUUCUGUGAAAUGCCUUGGGAUUAAAAAGUCUCCAUGAUGUAUCACUCCAUCCUAAUUCUGACCGGAAUGGUCACCAAAGCUGCCUCCGUGGUCGAUGCUCAAGAUCCCCAGGAUAUCACAAGAUUUCCAUACCUCCACUAUUCGUUUAGCUGCGUUGAUAAAGCCAUCGGAUAUUAUGCAGAUCCCGCCUUUGGAUGCCAAAUAUUUCAUAUGUGCGACGCGUUCGGCCGGAGAAUACCCCAUAUAUGUCCACCUUUGACCCUGUUUAACCAGAAGUUCCGCGUCUGCGACUGGGCCUAUAACGUUCAGUGUGAAGAAGCGAUCGAUCACUACUACCUCAACGAACUUACCUAUGAGGAACCUGUGUUCGAGGAUACAGGAGAGCGCCCACGCUCCGAUGAAGAUCCCCUAACAACAUCGCGUGGAAAUUUGCUGUCGAUAGGGAAAAUUAGAAAAAUAUCCCGUAUAAGACGCCGUCGACUCAAUGCAGAAGAAUGGCCAGAAAAAGAGAAGCAAAGUUCUGUUAUGCCGGCUUCGAAAGAUACCAAAGAUCGCUCAACGGAAGAUGCACUGAUAGACAAGGACGCUCUACAGGUUCGCCAGGAUGACAAGGGUAUUUAUGACCAAGAAACAAAAGGGAGGACCCCCGAUAAGGAGAAAAAUAUUUCGUUUUCAACGGAAUGGCUAGAACUAAAGGACAAAUAUGUCAUUUGAGGAGAGCCAGCAGAUAUAGCAUACAGAUAAUAGAGGAUAGCAAUUAUAAACAGCUGCUUUAACUAGUAUUAUGUGUAUUUAUUUUAUUAUCGUGCUCAACUUUAUAUACAUAUAAAUAUUGAGUUCAUUCUGUUAAGACAAGGUAAAUACUGCUUACGCUUUGACUCAGCAAAACGUCGGCAAACAUUUGUUGAUGGAUUGUUUGAAUUUCCAUAAAAGAAAGGCCAUGAGUAGUGCGUCGGGGAAGGCAGCUGUUCUGUCUGUGUCUAUUUAGAUUUUGUAAUGAGCCAUUUAUAUACAAUACAUGAUAUUGAAAGUAUGUUUGCCUAAUCUUUAUUGUCUCUUUAUACGUUUAUACGGGAAUCGGGUGACAAUACAUAGACUGAUCUUAGUUUUAAGGCGCAUUGAGGGUGAUUCGUUGGAAGCCGUUCGUUUUCAUUCUUGUACAUAUGUAACUUGCCUCGUGGAUUUGUUUAUACGUUAGUCUUAGGAUUAUUAUUAUGAUUAGAGGUUUGCUUCAAUUCUACAUAGGCAUCCGUAUAAAUGAUUCGAAUGGUCACCAAAAGAGGCUAUAAGGAAGCGAGAUAAAGGAUCGAACGCUGCAAAUAUAUUUAGAGCAUCGCGUAACGAUUGAAUAAGUUUUUCGGAAAGAACCCAGAGUUCGUUGUAACGUACCUUGUUCUGUUCUUCAAAGCAGUGGAAGCGGCAGCGUUACUGUAGUCCAAAUGCAUCACAAAGAUUAAUUUAGCAAAAAUAUUAUACAUUACUCUGUCAAUUUUUAUAGGCGAUACGGUGCGGAUAGCAAGCUAGUAGUUACAACUUCUGUGCAAUCCGUAUGGGAAAGGUAGUGGCGGCGUUUAUCUAGAUAAAUGAAAGAUACUGGUCAUUACAUGAACAACGUCGAAGGAAUUAUAAGAAAAGUAUGCAUCUUUUCGAUUGAUUUAAGAUUAUAAAAAUCACCCAUCAAUUCAGAGAACAUCUCCAAAGAACUCGCUGAUAACUACAAAAGCCGGCUGGUACAUACGGGCGUGCAUGGAUUUACUAAAAUUAGGAAGCUUGACCAACUAAGAAAAUAGGAUAGUGUGAAUUGAUUUAGCCUAUACAUUCAGCGUCAAAUCUCAAAGGGAUGAGCGGGUAUCAGUAAAAGCGUUUGUUUAAUGCAAACACUCCUACUGAUACCAUUUCCAUGGCUGUCACAUUUUUACGGUAACUGAAAAAUAAGUGCAGGCAUAUUUUUUGCUAAAAACUUAAUUUGACCAUUUUCUAAUAACAAAGAAAAGUCAAAACUCACUUUACUAUCCAAUGUCGACUUAUUUGUUUAACUAUUUAUUGUUGUAACUACUAUUGUUUUAACUAUUUAUUCUCCGCAAUAAAUUUUACUUUCAGCGUACGCAGUCUUUCCUCACUUCUUCUAUCUCAGCCCAUAAUCUGCCCAGCUCUAAUCUACCAUCAAUGCAAUUACUGUUUUCUUUAUGGUCAUCGUACUCAUAAGACUGUUAUCAAUAAAUAAAUAGAACGCCCUUGGGCACCUUCUGGAACACCAUCAAGUCGGUCAUUGCAGCUCAGCCACUCACUUAAACAAAAUCAAUAACAACUGCUCCUCGGCGUUUCUGUUCUUUGUUUUCGUAUAGUUAGCUAUGUGUAUGAACGUUUUUCUGUUCUUCUUUUAUAAACAUAGAAAUAGCAGUUGUAUCCUUGUGUAAAAUAAAUAACGUUUGGUUAAUCGCCAAAAAAUACAUGCGCAUCGUAUCAAUUGUAGUACCAGUGCAAGCGAUCAGUAAAAAAUAAAGAUUUCAAUGUUUCAUCCGCACUCUAUU